AUGACGUACACUUUUGGUAACUGGGAGUGGCAGACUCUUUGUUGCUGUAUUCUCAGAAUUCUGUGUCGACAUCAACCAGAAAGUUUACCAUUAAUGAUGAUGAUGGCAUCUUCAAUGAGAAGAAAGUCAAAACGUGAAUAUUCGAUCGAUGACAUUCCAAUAGAAGUUAUGCUAAUGAUUUUCAAACGGUGUGAGCCAUUAGCUUGUUAUCGUGCUCGCUUAGUUUGUCGUCGUUGGCGAAUGGCAAUUGACAGAAUGGAUAAAGAAAAUCGUGAAACAAUUCUUGGCGAAGGACAAGCUCGUUUAUUUAUUUGCGAUCGGCGACGAGCUAUUUUGGAAAAGUUCAACACACUCCCGUCAUGUUCUAAAUCCGUAAAAGAAUUGACGCAAUCACGUAAAUCAACUUUUCAUUCCGACUGCUAUGCACAUACUGUUUUCAAUGACUGGGCUUAUCGUUUUGACUUAUCGGAUUGGACGCGUAAUUUCGAUAUCACUGAGGUAUGGUUACAAAAUUUUGGUUCAUAUCUUGAACGUGAUCAUGUACGGCUCUACAUCGAUACAACAACUCCAUCUGAAGUUUUCAAUCAUUUGGAAAAUGCAAGCGCAGAAAAUAAAGCUAUAUCAAAUGCUUCAUCAUCAGCAUCACGUGCAUCAUCAAAUUCAUCACAGCUUUAUCAAAGUGGUGGAAGUUCAUCGGGCUCAUUUUCAUUUGUUGCAAGUAUUCCAUACAACUUGCUUCCAUCUAGUCAGAAGAAAGCUCGAGCUAUGCCAGAUUCAGCUUCCAAAGUUAUAUUAAAUGAAGCUGUAUGUGCUGAAUUAACAAAACUUUCGGAUGGUUGCUUUGAAAGACUUGUUGAGCAGUUGCGCCACAUUCAUCCGCUGCAUUUAGUUUUUAAUGACCAUUCAUACUAUGAAAAGCGACCAACACUUUUACUUUUCUGGUUUUUGAAAAAAUUGCCAAAGCUACGUCGUUUAACUCUUGACUGCAUUCAAGGAGACCAAAUGGUUGAAUUGCACAAAGUGUUCAAUAUAGAUGGCAUUGACGAGCUGAAUAUUAUUCAGCCGAAAACAAAUCCAUGUAUAAUUGCAAAUGGUGGUCUUUUGGAUGCAUUUCUUCAAGUAAAGGCAGCAAAUCGUCGACGGUUUCGUUUAUGUGUUACUGGAAAGAACGAUAUCAAUGCAUCAGCGAUUUGUAAUUUUAUACGUAAAUGGCGAGAUCACCGCGAUAUUAUACCAUUUCAAACAAUUCUUAUCGAUGAGAGAAGUGUACAUCCAUCGGAAUUUAUUCAUGCAACAAAAUGUUCUGGAUGUAACGACUGUGGUGGAGAAGUUGUACGACACAAAUUUAGUGAUAAAACCGGGAGCACUAAGCAGCUUAUUUUCCGACACCGUAAGCAUAAUGUUUGGAUUAACUAUAAAUUUGAGGACAAGUAUCUGGUAUUCACAUAUUACGAUCCUAAGGACAGUAAUCAUUUUAUGGUGAAGACAGCCGAACCGGAAAGAACAGUUGUUUCCUUUUAUUCGUCUACAGCGAAAGUAGCCGAAAAACCUGAAGAAAGUGAUAUAGCGAUUCGUCCUUCAACUCAAAUGUUGCUGAUGGAUAGCAAUAAUAACAGUCAUCAUCAUCAUCAUAGUAAUAAUAUGUCGGGAAAGCAAAAUUUUUUGGAACGAAUAUUUUCUCAUUUGCGAAGCAAUGCAUGA